GUCUUCGGAGAAAAGCAAAGAGAGUAACCCUCGCGCCACCAAGGGUUUCUGUUGACUCCGCCACGGGUCGCUCCCUCGGCUACGAUGAAUUCGUUGCUCCAAUUGCAUCUACUGAUAUGAAUUCGCUGGAAGAGAGCGCACCGGCGAAAAAGCUCCGACCUUUCUUCACCAAGAAGGAACGUGAAGGGAUCACCCCCAAGAACAUUGAGAAGAUCUUUAAGUCGAAGUAUAAGUUGGAUCGAGCUCAGCUCGCUGACAAACUGCAUGCGAUAAGGAUUAGUUUGCAUGAUUUAUAUCGCCUGAGGCAGAAAUUCGACAGGCAUGACGUGGAAGGGUCUGGGAGGAUCAGAGUUAGUCAGUUGAAGAAUCUCCUAGCGGAUCUCGGGGAGAAGGUCACAGCAAAGAAGAUAGAGAAGGCGUGUGCUGAACUCGAUAAGCGCAAACUGGGCAAGGUGGAGUUCUACAACUUCGCACGCUGGUUUGCAUUGCCAAUGGAGGAUGAUGACAAUGCAAGUAGUAGCAGCAGCAGCGAUAGCAGCCAUGGCGACUGA